AUGCAACAAUUUGUCUCAUCACCGUUGCUCAGAGAAAAGCGCUUCGCUCGCGAGAAUCAAGAGCUAAGGAAUAAGAUUGAUGACUUGGAGGACACCAACAGUGAGACGGAGAUGAGAUACAAAGCUGUUGUUGCUGAGAUAAAUACGAUGGAGACAAAACUGAAACUAGCGAAAAGCCGAAACGACGACCUCCAGAAACAGCUACAAUAUAAGAGCACCGCUUUGGAGAACAGUGAGAGUGCGUUGAACGAUCUCAAAAAACGCCACGAAUACCAGGCGUCCGAUGUACGCCGACCAGAAGCUCCGUACAUUCGUGAAGUCAUCUUUCAAAUGCUCAAUAUUCCAUCGUGCGAAGCCAUUCCUUCAUGGGACAACAUUAUCGAGAAGUUGACUACCGCUUUUAAGUUGACUUUCCGACACAAUGGGCUGAAGAAGCAAAACGCUACAAUGCGGCCAUUU